GGCUCUUCAGCGAUCGAUUAAUCGGCCUAUUCGAACAGGAAGUGACUGUACACACGUGCCGACGGGAGAAUCGAUCGUAUAAAAUUAUUGUUUUGUUGACCGUCUUUAAAUUUACUACAUUAGUGUGAAGUCAUCGUGCCAAAUAUUUUCAAACAUCAUCUCAGCCCCUUUAUUUAUGGUAAAUGGCGGAGUGUGUUGAAGACAACGAUGCGGAGAGCAAGAUCAGUUAUGGAGAUUAUGUUAUGCUAAAGAAAGGAGAGGUCUUCAAAUCUGUGCAGAUCGAGAAGAAAAAGAAAAUGAUUUUUGAGAAGCAGUGGUUCUUCUUGGACAAUGCAGUCGGGCAUGUGUACGGGUCAAUAUUUGAGAUUGAGUCCGGUGGUUCGCUCAAACUGAAGACAGUGAAACGUGCCGGAAGCUCUUUGAGUAAUGACGAUUCUAAGGAAGCGGGCCAAGAUAACCGGCAUAUAGUGGAUGAUGGCCGAUCUCAAAAACUGACCAGAGAUGACAUUGAAACGCUUAAAGAGCAAGGGUUAAAGGGCCAGGAGAUUGUUCAGCAACUCAUAGACAACAGCACGACAUUUAAGGACAAGACUGAAUUUGCCCAGUCAAAAUACAUCAAGAAAAAAAAGAAAAAGUAUGAAAGCGAUAUCACAGUCCUCAAACCUUCCACUCGACUUCUGGCUUUGAUGUACCACGGCAGAGAACCUGGAAAAAUCUGUCAUCUGCGCUAUGAUACUUUGGCUCAGAUGCUCACCUUGGGUAACAUUCACGCUGGCAGUAAGAUCAUUGUUUUUGAGACCUGUGCUGGACUUGUUCUAGGCUCUGUGAUGGAGAGGAUGGGAGGUUAUGGCUCAGUUAUUCAGAUGUAUCCUGGUGGUGGGCCGACAAGAGCCGGCAUGGAGAGUUUUGGUUUUCCGUCACACUUUCAUGAGACGCUGCAUGAGUUUCCUAUGUGUAAGGUUAACGCUCUGCUGGCGGGAACUUUGGAUUUAUCCGAGAAGGACACAGACUCUCAGGCUGAUGGAGGCAGGAAUGGACAGGUGGAUUCUUUUCAGGAAACUUCAGGUGUUUUGGAGGAGAGGAACUCAGAACCUCAGAGCAUGGAAGUCAGCAUUGAUCCAGAGGAGGAAUUAAAGAGAACAGAGAGAGAACAACUGCGACAACAACGGGCUCAAGAGAAGAAAGUGAAGUUGGAAGAGAAGAGGAGAAAAUUAACCUCAGCUUCAGCUCUACUGCAGGGUCAAAAUGCAGAUGGGUUGGUUAUUGCAAGUCGCUUCCAUCCAUGUCCUGUAUUAAUGCGUUUGCUGAAGUUUGUAGCACCAUCACGACCGUUCAUCGUCUACUGCCAGUACAGAGAGCCUUUGAUUGAGUGCUAUACAAAACUCAGGGAACAAGGAGGAGUGAUUAACCUCAGAUUAACAGAUUCCUGGCUCAGACAUUAUCAGGUGCUGCCGAACAGAACUCAUCCAGUGCUGCUGAUGAGCGGAGGUGGAGGAUAUCUCCUAUCCGGAACCACUGUUGACAAAUCUGGGAAUCGGCAGAAAUCGGAGGAGCCCGCUGCCAAGAGGAUGAAACUGGAUGAGAGCAGUCCAUCAUGUGACAGCUCAGUUUAGCGGCUUAACUUAUUUAAGUGAGAAGAAACCAAAUCGGUGUUGACUCACACAUUCAGGCUUCACCGGUUUCAAAGACUUUAUUUAAAGUCGUCAUUUCUUUUUAUAUUUUGCAAGAUUUGAGCUACCGGGAUUUCCCUCCUCAUCUUAUUUAUUUUUUAGCAGGAUAUUACUUUUUCAGAAACAUCAAGUUUUGUUCACAAAAAGAUGAAGCACCUGUAAACACUAUAUAUGUGUUUUUCAUAAUGUGUUUGAAAGCAUGCCAACGUCACAUACAUCAGCUUUGGUCCCAUAAUAACAGAUUUUAUUAAAUGCAAACAGUCAUUAAGAACAACAGCAACCGUAAAACACGUACUGUAACUUUAACAUCGAUUAGCAUGCUGUCAAAUGCAUCAUUUCAGAUUGCAAUUUAUAAUAAGCAAGCAUUUUGUUUUCUAUGUUCUUUUAGGUUAUGCAAUAAAGAGAGAAAAUAUAUUAUCAAG